GUGACGCACGCCCCUUUGUUGGCUCAGUAGCGGUAGCAGCGGCCGCGGAGGUGGCGCUGGGGACUGUUUUCCGUCCGAGGCCAGAGCGGAGCGGUGUCUGACUGAGGCGGGCUGCAAGCGGCCCCCGCGCUCCCUCCCGCCCUGCUCCGCGCCCUCCCGGCCGCCGCCGCCGCCCACCUCCAACCGCCGCACCGGGGGAGCAGCCGCGGCCCACGGGGCCGGAACCAGGCCUGCGUCCGGACGGCAGCCGGAGCCGGAGCGAGAGCCGGGGCCUCGGCGUCCCCGCCCUCUCCGCGCCGCGGCCAGCGUCCGUCGGGCCCGCGCGCGUCGCGCCAUGGACUCGGACGAAGGCUACAACUACGAGUUCGACGAGGACGAGGAGUGCAGCGAGGAGGACAGCGGCGCCGAGGAAGAGGAGGACGACGACGAGGACGAGCCGGACGAUGAUAACCUGGACCUGGGCGAGGUGGAGCUGGUGGAGCCCGGGCUGGGCGUCGGCGGGGAGCGGGACGGACUGCUGUGCGGGGAGACGGGCGGCGGUGGCGGCAGCGCUCUGGGGCCUGGAGGAGGUGGCGGCGGCGGCGGUGGUGGCGGCGGCCCGGGGCACGAGCAGGAGGAGGAUUACCGCUACGAGGUGCUCACGGCCGAGCAGAUCCUGCAGCACAUGGUGGAAUGUAUCCGGGAGGUCAACGAGGUCAUCCAGAAUCCAGCAACUAUCACGAGAAUACUCCUUAGCCACUUCAAUUGGGAUAAAGAGAAGCUAAUGGAAAGGUACUUUGAUGGAAACCUGGAGAAGCUCUUUGCUGAGUGUCAUGUAAUUAAUCCAAGUAAAAAGUCUCGAACACGCCAGAUGAAUACAAGGUCAUCAGCACAGGAUAUGCCUUGUCAGAUCUGCUACUUGAACUACCCUAACUCGUAUUUUACUGGCCUUGAAUGUGGACAUAAGUUUUGUAUGCAGUGCUGGAGUGAAUAUUUAACUACCAAAAUAAUGGAGGAAGGCAUGGGACAGACUAUUUCGUGUCCUGCUCAUGGUUGUGAUAUCUUAGUGGAUGACAACACAGUUAUGCGCCUGAUCACAGAUUCAAAAGUUAAAUUAAAAUAUCAGCAUUUAAUAACAAAUAGCUUUGUAGAGUGCAACCGACUGUUAAAGUGGUGUCCUGCCCCAGAUUGCCACCAUGUUGUCAAAGUCCAAUAUCCUGAUGCAAAACCUGUUCGCUGCAAAUGUGGGCGCCAGUUUUGCUUUAACUGUGGCGAAAAUUGGCAUGAUCCUGUUAAAUGUAAGUGGUUGAAGAAGUGGAUUAAAAAGUGUGAUGAUGACAGUGAAACUUCUAAUUGGAUUGCAGCUAACACAAAGGAAUGUCCCAAAUGCCAUGUCACAAUUGAGAAGGAUGGCGGUUGUAAUCACAUGGUUUGUCGUAACCAGAACUGUAAAGCAGAGUUUUGCUGGGUGUGUCUUGGCCCUUGGGAACCACAUGGAUCUGCCUGGUACAACUGUAACCGCUACAAUGAGGAUGAUGCAAAGGCAGCAAGAGAUGCCCAAGAGCGAUCUAGGGCAGCCCUGCAGAGGUACCUGUUCUACUGUAAUCGCUAUAUGAACCACAUGCAGAGUCUACGCUUUGAGCAUAAGCUGUAUGCUCAGGUGAAGCAGAAGAUGGAGGAGAUGCAGCAGCACAACAUGUCCUGGAUCGAGGUGCAGUUCCUGAAGAAAGCAGUCGAUGUCCUCUGCCAGUGUCGUGCCACACUUAUGUACACUUAUGUCUUCGCUUUCUACCUCAAAAAGAAUAACCAGUCCAUUAUCUUUGAGAAUAAUCAAGCAGAUCUAGAAAAUGCCACAGAGGUGCUUUCGGGCUACCUCGAACGAGAUAUUUCCCAAGAUUCUCUGCAGGAUAUAAAGCAGAAAGUCCAAGAUAAGUACAGAUACUGUGAGAGUCGACGAAGGGUUUUGUUACAGCAUGUGCAUGAAGGCUAUGAAAAAGAUCUUUGGGAGUACAUUGAGGACUGAGAAUGGCCCUGCAUAAAAUGAACUCUGAAAACUUUACCAUCUAGAGUGCUCAUGCAAUUAAAACAAAACAAACACAAACACAAACAAGGAGGCACUAAGCCUAUUCUGACACCGCUGGUCUGUAGUACCAGAAUUCUGUUUUGUUAAUGGAAAGUUUAAGUAAAUUAUAUUGUAAUAAAAAAGGUAGAUAAACCAUUGUACAACAGUAUUCUAGGCCGCCAACAAAGUGUGACAGACACACAAAAAGCCCUCCAACUUUAACUUGUAACGUAGCUUCAUUCUCAAAGCUGACUUCCUUUUUCUUUUUCCUUAGUGUACUACAGUUAAAAUUUCAGAUAGCUCCUUGACACUGCUUUUCAUGUCCAAAUCAGCCAUUUUGUUGUACUUUGGUAAAGGACCUCUUCCCCUUCCUCCCCUGCACAUAUACCACACACAGUUGGACUCACUUUCUCUCAUACCCUAAGGUCAUGAGUGAAUAAUGAUUAUUAGCUACUUGUAAAGGAAAUUCUUGGGAGGGGGAACGGGGUAGGCAGCAAGAGGAUUAAGCAAAAAACACAAAAACUUUGUAUAUGACUUUUAAAACAAGAGGACAACACAGUAUUUUUCAAAAUUGUAUAUAGCGCAUAUGCAUGGAUAAAGCAAGCGUGGCACGUGUUUGCAUAAUGUUUAAUUACAAAAAUAUUUAUUCUUUAAAAAGCUUCAAGAUUAUGUCUAUUUGCUGUGCAUUUUCUUUCAGUUGGCUUUAUCUUUCUAGGGUUGGGGUUGGGAUAAGGGUAUGUUUGUUAAGCACCUCUGCAAGACCUAACUAGAGUGCUUCAGUUUCCCUUUCCUGAGGUCAGUUUGCCCUGUCUGGUUUGGUUCUGCCUUUUGCUGGCCAUGGGCCUCAUGCCUUGAAUUCCCAGCUUCUAGAUGUAGAACAAGGAAAUCAAGUCCUGAGCAAAUGCCGUGGCCUGAUAAAGACUACAAGUGGUUUUGUUGCUUCACCUCAUGAAUGAUCCUGUCCCAACUUACUCUUCCUGUGUGGCCCUGAUGCCUCUAUCCUAGCCCAUGUGCCCAUGUAAUGCACAGGGCUGUAGGCUUCCUAGGCUCCCCAUCACAUCUGGAGGAAGCAUUUCAGAAUUUCUUUUCCUGUUUUAUUUUUCCUGAAUUGCUGCUUUGAGCCUUUUAAAUUUUUAGUUAUGGCUCGUUUCUCAUCCCUUCUUUAUGUUAGGGUGUUGAAUACAUUGUUUUCACUUUAAGUAUAAAUAAAUAGCCAUUCACUUAGUUUGAGAUUGUGAAUUUUAAAUGGUGGAUAUUGAAAUUGCUUGUGUGUGUUACGGUGGGUUCAGUUUGAAGGCAAACACCACUGGAACAUUGAUACUCCCAUCCAGUGUAUUUGAGUAGGAAUCACUGAGUUUGCUUCUUUUCUAUUGUCAGCAUAUAGGAGAAUUAAUAAUGCAUUUUAGCUGUGAUGUCCAUUUUUAUGAAAUUUCUACUAAAAGCUAUGUUAAAAGUAAAGGAUGGUGGUGGUUUUAUUAACUAUAUACCUGUUUAGGCCAUUCUGCCUGUGGUAUUUUUCAACAGGUCAGCAUCCCUAAGACUGUCAGUUUUAUAUUUGAGUGCAGAGUGAACUAGGCAACUAGAUCAAGAGGUAUAACUAUUAAAUGCCAGUUUUGGCUGAGGACCUCUUUGUCUUCCUUUAACUGUCUUGUGCCUAGGGAGUGUUUACCAUUUGUGAGGCAGCUGUGUCUGUUCUUGCAUUGUACAUCUUAUUACUCCAUUGGGAAGUAGGUUCACUUUCCUCUGGCUUUUUGCCUAAGUUAGGCUUUGCUGAAUCACCCUACUUUUCCUUUUAGAAAGGUUGUUACAUGAGAUGUACUUGCAACUGUUCUUUUCCCAUCAAAAAUCAGUGAAUGUUUGCUGAGUAUAUUAUGCUGCUUUCUUAAACUACUUGUUGCUUUAGGAUCAACUUUACAUCUUUUUUCUUCCCUUUCCUUGUCACCUCAGGUGCAAAUCUGAACUCAUGUCUGCUUUUCAAUUUUCUCUUUACCCUCUCUUUUUCCCCAUUAUCCAUCUGACUUUAUUUUAAAUAAUUGCAUCAAUCUUUAAAAAAUAUACAUUUAUCAAAACCAACGAGAUUUCAAAGAAAGCUCAAAGUAAGUUCCUUUUCCUGGUGACUUUGAAAAGCAACCAGAAUUGUCACAUAGAUAUAUGUGGUCCCUUAAACUGCUUUGUGUAUGUAGUGUUUUAAAACAGUUAACUUCGCAGUAUCUAGGUCUGAGUGUCAUAAGUCCUCUUUACGCCCUGCCCUGAAACAAGUAUCCAAAAGAGUGUGUGCACCUUAUAGUCUCAGUCCCCGCCCAUAGAGGGAUAGUGCAGUUGGUGACACUUUCUAGUCCCAGUGCUCACAUGGGACCUGAGAGUAUUGCACUCAUAAUUUGUGUGGAUCAAGGUGAAUUGGCCUUUCUGCUACAUCCAAGCUUUUAACAACUGUCUCCAUAUCUAAGAGUUCCCAGAAUUUAACUGCUUUUUUAGUAGCUUCAGUGCCCCCACCUGGGAUAGGCAAGCCAUAUUGUUAGACAGCUUCCCUAUUUGACCUACCUAAGUCUCUCAGAGGGCUCUACUUACAGUAAGCACCAGGGUUUCCUUGUGUUUUUGAGGUCAGUUACAUUGUAGGUGCAUGCUUCAUUUGAACAAUUCAUUGAGCAACAGGUGAACUUUUCAAUGAUUUCUAAUAAAAUUUUGAUCCAAAGCUCAGGAGACAAAAUUGUGGUAAAUGGAGUAGCAUAUAACAUCACCAGACUCUAAAUUCUUUGUAAUUUGCUGCAACCCAGAUUGUAUAUGUUUUAUGUGUGUUUAAAUAAAUAUAUUAAAGACACACGUGUAUACAUACAUAUCAGUAGAUCCAAGACUGACUGACUUGGUUUGAUAUGGUUGAAUCUGCAGUGUAAUGUGUGGUUCACCUGUGAUUAGGAGUUGAAACUUAGAACAAGAGAGUUAAAGGAUUUAAUGUAACAUUAUUUUAGCCACGUAUCCCAAUAUAGAGCACUUGGGGGAUGGGAUGGGGGGUGGGUUGGUGAGACAAUCAGAUCGAUAAAUUGAUUAAAUGCUCCUAACCCUGUAAUUUUGUGCAUAGAGCACCUUGUGCUGUGGAAAUAACUGUUCUUAGAUUUUCAUUGUAACUGGACUGUUCAGGUUGCCCAGAGGGAAAGAACAUUCCUAAUUCUAAUAAAAUAAACGUUUAUUUUGUUAUUCCA